UCUCGCCGUGUCUCCCUCAGGUGGGUGGCUCACCUUUGUGGUUAUGUGACACCUCAGUGAACAGGGUAAAGGUGGAUUGUUUAGUGCUGCGAACUGGCCACCGCCCUCCAAGUGCCUGUCAGUUGCAUUUCAGUCGGGAAUCAAGUACGCCGGGACGCAUUAUUCAUCCAGAAUGUCCGUUAGCCGGAGAAACUGGUCCACUUUGUCCAGUUUGGCGCGCCAGUGGACAAUGGAGGAUGAGGAGGAGGUGGAGAGGGAGAGGAGAAGGAGGGUGAAGAGCUCAAGCAGCGCCUGUGACUCCGGGGGUGACUUUAGUGCAGAACCUGUUGACACGCCCACAAGCAACCAGGUGUCCGACCCCCCACCUGAAACCACGCCGGGCUCUAGCAGUGCGGAGCAGAUGCAGCUGGACUUUAUGGAGAUACUGCAUGUCCGGGAUGAGAAGCGAAGGUUGAGGCACAUGGAGUCACUGAGGCGCCAGAAGGUGGUCAGAGAGGAUGUCGAAGAGUCUGGCGGAGGAGGAGAAUUCAGGGAGGAGCUAAUCGUGCAGCAGCACAAACCCAUAAGCAAAUCACAGCAGCCACAAAAAGUGCCACCUUGCCCUCCCAAGGACAUCAAAAUACACACAAAUGGACACCAAGAAAAUGGAGUAUCGUCAGAGAAAGACCCUGUUUCCAGGCUACCAUCCAACCCAACACACAAGUUUGUCAGUUCUGUCUCUAUCUCUCUCAACAAGAGCCCCUCUGCUAGCGGGCACACAACUCCCUUGAGCCCCCUCUCGCCAAUGACCCCCAUGUCACCUCAAGAACAAUGGCCCUCACCUUGCAGUAGCCCCUCCCCUCGGGGGCCAAGAAGCCCCGUUCCCAAUGGACACGCGGCACAGACCGUCGUGAUGUGUUCUUCGACCAACAACAACCCAGAGGAGCCGAGUAAACCCAUUUUCAUCAGAAAGAGCUCCCGGACAAUUUCUUUUCGGAUGAUGAGGAAGAAAGAGGAAGAGAAAUCGCCAUUGCAAAGGAGUGCAAGCGUCAGGGUGGCCUCCAAAAAGGUUGAAUCCAACAAGAAUGAAGCCCUCAACGAGGACAAAGCGGCACCUUUCCAGAGGAAUUCCGUGCAACGAGUCUCAUCUCGAUCCAUCCAGGAGAAGAUGGAAAGACUUGCCCAGGCUGCUCAAAAAUCGGAAACGGGUCGAUCUCCCGACGUGAGCCAGCGUGCCUUGUACCUGCUCGAGGAGGUGUCCAGGAAGAGGAGCCUCUUUGAGAAGGAGCCGCAAGCAGCCAGCCAAAUGAGGCCUUCCAAACAUGAUUUCAAACAUGUGGACAUCAACAGCAAGAGGAGUUUGUUUGAGAAGCCAUGAAAACGUCACAAACGUCAAACGAGGAAGAAUCUACAAGUGAAAGAUUAUUUCGUCAUUUUAAUUUAAUCUUGUUGAAUCUUUGUAAAUAUGGGAAAUUGAAUCAUUUGAAUUAUUUUGUAUUUGUCUUGCUUGCGCUUAUCUGUUUCCUCCUUCCUGGUUGGCUUUCUGCAGGAAAAAAGUAAAAUAAUACAAGUUGUAGUUUUGCAAGAGUGUGUUUCUUGCUCAGUUCGGAUUGGUUAUCCACCCAUUCGUUUAGUAAUCCACUUAUCCUCACGACGGUCGUGGCACGCUGCAGCCUUUCCCAGUUGUCUUCAGGAAGUUGGGGUUACGUCCUCGAACUGGUUGCCAAACAAUCACAGAACAGACAUAGACGAACAAACAUUCACACUCACAAUCACACCAGGGGAACAAAUUGGAGUGCCCAAUCAAACCGCCGUGCAUGUUUUUGCAAUGUGGGAGGAAACCGGAGUACCCGGAGAAAACCCACCUGGGCUCGGGGAGAAUAUGCAAACUCCACACAGGAAGGCUACAGCCACAAAUGAACACUGCACCACUGCACUGUGAGGCAGAAGGGCUAACCAAUGGGUCACCAUGCCUCCCAUGAAUGGCUAUUUAAUGUUAAAAGUACACAUGCAUUCUUUUUCAGUAUUUAAAUACUGUGGGUUGAACAGGUGAAGGUUUGAAGAAGUUCAUUCACCAAUCUAAAAGUGAAAUCUUUUAUUGUGAAUGAGAAAGAAAUAAAGUAUUUUAAGAUUU